AUGGAGUCGCACAAUCUGCAUCGGUCGCUUAAGGAGGCGAAGGAAGCGAUCGCGGCUGUCCAAAUUCAAAUUUCUAAGGAGUCCGUCACUUCGGAGCAGCUUCUACAUCAUGGACUGGAAUUAUCUUCCACUGGCUACAUACAAUGGCGGCAGGACUGCAAGGAUCACCCCCGCAAUUGGUCUUUGUGGAGGAAGACUUAUGAUACGAGCAUAGUGAUGUUUCUAGAAUUCUAUACAACAGCUAUCAGCACGACUGGGCCCUCAGCGGCAGAGUUGACGCAGGACAUUUACGGGUCAAGGAUACUCAAUCUCGUUGCAUUCAGCCUCAUGUACCAGAUCGGACAGGCAGUGGGGGGCCUCGUUAUACCACCUUGUUCCGAGCUCUUUGGAAGACACAAGCCGUAUAUCAUCUCCUGCUCCCUGUUCAGUGUAUCCUGCCUACUUGUUGGACUCGUUCCCAAUAUCGGCGCAGUAUUUAUGGGUAGAUUCCUUGCAGGGCUUGCAUCAGCCGUACCCUCAGUUGUUAUCUCCGGAACCGUGGAAGAUAUAUUCAAUUCUGAACACCGAGUUUGGAUUGUUUUGCUCUGGAAUGCGGCCGCCACCGCCGGCCUUGCUUUCGGUCCGAUCUAUGCAUCCUGCAUAUCUGGAGUAGUAGGCUGGCGAUGGAUAUUCUAUAGCGCGGCUAUAGUUACCGCUAUCAAUACUGUCCUUAUACUCCGCAUGCGCGAAAGUCGACCCAGCAAGUUACUUCGAACGAAAAUCAAUCUGCUACAAGCCGAAUGCCCAGGUGCUGAGCUCAUGUUUCACUCCGCAGAUCCCUUCCCAGACGUCGAAGCUUUCAUCUACACCGUUUUCAUUCGACCGACCCGAAUGAUGGUAACCGAGCCAAUCCUAAUCAUCGUGUCGGCCCUGAGUGGAAUAUCGUGGGGUAUCAUAUACCUCUUCUCGGAGUCUAUAACUAGGGCCUACAUAGCGCUUGGGCUCUCGAAAUCGAGUGCAACAUUGCCGCUGCUGGCUCUUGUUAUCGGGAUCUGCUUCGGCGUUUUCCCGCACAUCUGGGACAUCCACAAGCUGAGAGAAAAGAAGCGACAGAACCUUCAGAUUGAACCUGAAGACAAAAUCCUCGGCUUUGCCUUUGGGACGCCUGCACUCGCCGCAGGACUAUGGUGGUUCUACAGCACGACUCCGCCAGUCCUCUGGGACUCCCAUUGGGCGCUUCCUACUGGCGGUCUGGUGCUAGUAGGCCUGGGAGUAAAUGAGAUUGCAUAUACAAUGAGCGGAUAUCUUACUGAUACAUACACGGUCUAUUCAGCCUCUGCAUUUGCUGGCCUGGCAUUCGUCCGCGCCUUAGUUUCCGGGAUCAUGCCUCUGGUGGGAUAUGUUAUUUUCGAUGGGGAACAGAGCAGGCUUCCAGGAUUUGUUAUUGCAGGAAUAGCCACUGCGUUUUGUUCG